UACCUUCCCAUCAAUGAUCAAAAAGAGUGUGGAAGAGGAGAACUGCCACGACCCAUUCCUCUUAUCCCUCGGGAACGCUAUUGGUUACUUAAAAUCUCUCCAAAUCAUUAAGACGACCUUAGAAUUGUCCGAGACAGUAGAAUACAACCACGAGUCACCAGAAGGAGAGCUUGUGGAGAAUAUGAUCAUUGAUUCCCAAGCAUUGGAGAAUUUGGAGGUUUUUGAAGUGGAAUCUAAACAUGGCAAAACUACAGAAGGGUCGCUUUAUAGCUUCCUUAACAGAUGUGCUACAAAGUUUGGCUCAAGGCUCCUUAAGAGCUGGAUAACAGCCCCUCUCAAUGAAAUAUCGAAAUUACAAGAGCGACAUGAUGCAGUAGAAUGGUUGAGCACCAAGCCAACUCUUAUUGGAAAUUGGCAGAAGUUUUUGAAACCAAUACCAGAUCUCGAGAAACUCUUGGCGAGAGUUUAUAAGUUCAGCAUUGAGAAUGACUCUAAAGCAGUAUAUAUAUCCAACGGAUCAUACUCAAAGAUGACAGAUUUUCAUAAUCUUCUACUUUACUUUGAAGAAAUUACGAAGAAAUUGCCCAAGGUAUUCACUACAAAAUAAGAUAUCUUCUAAAAGACUUUUCCUAUUGGCAAAAUAUAAGCCAAUGAAGAUAAAGAGUAGGAUCAAGUCAGCCAACCCCUUCGAUUGGGAUGAGGACGAAGAACAAAAGCAAGAGUAUGAGGAAGGCUCCCUUCCUGACAUUAGAAAGUGGAUCCAAGGUUUCAAAGAAGUCAUUACAUGGAAAAAGAUAGGGAAAAAUCUUAUACCAGAACCUAAGAAAGGUAUCAGUGAUGACUUUGAUCAAGCUAAUGAAGCCAUCGAGCUGAUCAGGAUUGAGCUUGAUGAACUUUUAGAAGAGAUAAAGAAAAAGUUGAAAUUUGAGAAAAUUUGUUACAAUUCUGACUCAAAAAUGCAUAGAUUCCAAUUCGAACUGUCAAACAAUAAUAAAAAGAAAAUGCCAAAAAAUUUUACUGUUACUUCGAAGACUUCAAAAGUUGUACGGUAUCAAUCUGAAGAACUUGUUGACCUCAACUUCAAGCUAGAAGUUGAAGAAGAUAACCUGAAGAAGGCAUUUACUCCUUUCCUGAAAAAACUAUUGAAGAAAUUUUACUCAAAGAGGAAGAUGUGGUCAGACUUCCUGAGAUGUAUCUCUGAAAUAGACUGUUUGAUCUCCCUUGCUGAUGUCUCAAUCAAUACAAAGAAUAUGGUUAAGCCAAUCAUUCUUGAGAGUCCAAGACAAGAAAUCAACAUCGAGCAGCUCAGACAUCCCUGUGUGGAAAGGAGCAUCAAAGAAUUUGUCCCGAAUGAUGUCCGAAUAGGAGGAGAUGAGCCUCUAGUUCACCUCAUCACAGGUCCGAAUAUGGGAGGAAAGUCAACUCUUUUAAGGCAAACCUGAAUAGCAGUUAUUCUAUGACAAAUAGGAUGCUUCGUGCCAGCAGAAAAGUGUGAAAUGACCCUAAUUGAUAGAAUAUUCACUAGAAUAGGAGCCAAUGAUCGAAUCAUGGAGCAUAAAUCUACCUUCUUUGUCGAAAUGGAAGAGACUAAAACAAUUAUUGAACAGGCAACUCCUAAUUCACUUGUCAUCAUCGAUGAGCUAGGAAGAGGGACUUCUACAUUUGAUGGAUAUAGUAUCGCUCAUUCGGUGCUAUCUCAUCAAAUUAGGAUAUCUAAAUGAGCUACUCUUUUUACAACCCAUUAUCACAUGCUUAUCGAUACUUUUAAAGAUAACCCCAAGGUCCAAACAAUGAAAAUGAACUGUAUCAUAGAUUCGGAAAAUGGAGAUGUUCACUUUGAGUAUAAAUUCAUUAAAGGAUACACAGACAAAAGUGAAGGUAUUUUCGUCGCAAAGAUGGCUAGAAUACCUUCAAUAAUUCUAGAAAAGGCUCAAGUACGUUCAGAAAUGUUUAGAGAACAACUGAAAAGGCUUGAUAUUUCCUUUAAGUCAAAUGAAUAG